AUGGCCACCAUUCAAGAAGUCCUCGACCAGGUCGCAGCGCUGCCUGUGGCGCCCAAGCCCUACAUCAACCCCUACGCCGGUCACCGCGCACUCUCCGAGCACGAGCAGGAGCUUCUCGGCGAAUACGCUCGACUCGCAGACACUGUCCGACGUGUCGCAGCGUUGUCAACCCUCCUCUCGUCCUCCUCCGCGCACGCCUCGUUGCUCACCCAGCUGCGCGUUCUCGAGCGCAAAAUGGGCCUAGUCCUCACCCUCUACAAGGCGUCAGUCUGGGCGACCGUUCAAGAGCAAGCCGAAAUGGCAGAGGCAGAAGCCAUGGCUGCCGCGGGCGCAGAGAUGAAUGGCUACAGCCUGGACGUCAACGGUGCCGCCGCUAUGUAUGGGAGCGACGGCGCGGGCGGCGCAUACUACUAUGGCAGCGGCGCGCCGAGCGAGUCCGGCGAGGGAGACGAUACGGUGGUGAUGCGUCAGGCGGAGUACUAUUGA